CAUGAAGCUUCUUGCUGUAGCUGAUUUUUGACUUACGGUGUGUUGCCAUUUCGGCAUCAAAAUCCAAUUGAACACUUUUGAAAAGCAGUAACCGCGAGCAGGCUGUGCGCGGCCACAUCAAGGGCGACAUUACAGAGCAAGCGAUUGCCAUCAAUUUCGGCCCAGCGGACGACAAGAUUGAGAGAGUGCGUGAGAGAUAGAGAGAAGAGAUAAAAAAAAAAAAAAAAAAAAGACACCCGCCAAUCGGCUGAUUAAACCGCGUUGCAGCCGACAAUGAAGCCGACAAGGCCGCUCGCCUUGAUCAAGAACAUUUUCGAGGCGUACCAUCAACCUGUCCCUCUCAGCCCAGAAAACAAACAGCAUCUUUAUAGCAUUAUCACAACGUCCUUCCGAAGGCAGCUCGAUCGAAAGCUCGGAUUACCAGCUGAACAGCCCCCUCAAGACUCGCAACAACUAGAAGCCGCUAAAUCGUUUGAAAACACUUCCAACUUGACGCUAUCCUCUCAUGAAAAAGAGCCUCCUGAAAAUGAGCCUCGAGCGCUAUCUGGCAGCCAACACCUCCGCUCGAUUCUUUCGAAUCCGCUGUUUAGCUACGAUGUAUCAAAGAGACCGGCAGUACGGUCGCGAUGGGAGAAGGACCCAAUGGAUAUCUUCCAGGAGGCAGUUGCCAGGGGGCUCAUGACUCCGUUACGCGCUGCUGGUUGUCUCAAAGCCAAACGUCGUCAGAUAAUGCAAUCAUCUGCCAUGGAUCCUGUUGAAGUCAUGGCGUCCUCAGGCGCUGGACAGAGGGUCGUGGAGUGGCUACGCUCCUCGGGCUUGGAGAACAACCUUGUUUCUAUCGGCGAUGGUCCGUUGAUGAAACACCUCAUACCAUUCUUGGUUGCCGAGGGGAUGGAGAAUACGGUGUGGGUUUGGUUGGAUAUGCUUUCUCCGGAUGCCAAGGGCCUUAGUCGAAAGUACGUAAGAAAACAACGGAGGGUGCUCUUUGAUGCCCUAGUUGAGAGCAAGUAUACGGGCGCCACGAGUAUGAAUAACGCAUAUGCCUGCGUACUGAAAGCCAAAGAGGUCUUCCCAUGGAGUAAAGAGGAAAACACCCCGCAGUACAUCCUAUCGAGCUGGAAAAAGGUCGCCUGGGAAUCCACAGUUUUGGCGUGGAAACAUCUCACAAAGCCGUCUGCAAAGUUGUUCGAACCGUUCUACAGCAUUGGACAAGAGGAAGUCUCUCGCCAGGAAAAUGGACAGAACUUUCACAUCGAGGUGGCCCAUCUCGCUUUACACCACCCUACAAAACCGAGUGCUGACGACGCACUGAAGCUUCUGCUUGGUAACGACGAUGUUUGGCAUACUUGGGCGAAGCACUACCAGGCGCUAAAACCGGGCAUUAUCCCUAAUAACCUGACUAUCAGAUUGCGGGCUUUUGGCCUCGAUGCCAUCAAGGUGUGUGCCUCGCAAGGACAAACAGCUCAAGCAGAGAGCCUUUUAGAGAAAAUGGGUCCGUUCUUAAGAGAUGACUUCCAUCUGUCUGCCGAUGAUUUACAAGACUACGAGGACGUCAUGGCGGAUUUUGAUCCUGACCUUAUGCGAUCAUUUCGGUAAAUGAGGGCCCAAUAAGGUUAACGAGCGUAUGGUCUCAGGCAUGCGUGUGGAAACCAGAGGUUUUCCCGACAUGAAGCUGCGUGUCUCUCUGGCACUAGUCCAGAAACAAGGUGCUGAGGCCUCACGAAGACACGAACAUCAAAGGCUGCAGCCAGUCAGUCGGCGUCGCGCCAAGCUCCUAGCUGUGGUGCCGGGAAGUGGUCGAGAUGGGGGCACACGAAGCAAACCUGAGCUCUCAUCACAGAUCACAAGCCAAGACAUGUGUCUGUUGGAUUUCAGUUUUCCAUGCAUACACAGCGUCUUGUGCACAAUUGUAUAUCAAGGACUUCAUUUUUUUUGAUAGGUUCAAUCAAUUCCUUUUUACGUGUAUAGGUAAUUACAUACCUGGGUGCAUAAUACCGC